GCGGGCGGGAAGAUGCUGCAGUCCCUGGCCGGCAGCUCGUGCGUGCGCCUGGUGGAGCGGCACCGCUCGGCCUGGUGCUUCGGCCUGCUGGUGCUCGGCUACCUGCUCUACCUGGUCUUCGGCGCCGUGGUCUUCUCGUCGGUGGAGCUGCCCUACGAGGACCUGCUGCGCCAGGAGCUGCGCAAGCUGAAGCGGCGCUUCCUGGACGAGCACGAGUGCCUGUCGGAGCCGCGGCUCGAGCGCUUCCUGGGCCGCGUGCUGGAGGCCAGCAACUACGGCGUGUCCGCGCUCAGCAACGCGUCGGGCAGCUGGAACUGGGACUUCACGUCCGCGCUCUUCUUCGCCAGCACCGUGCUGUCCACCACGGGCUAUGGCCACACUGUGCCCUUGUCGGACGGCGGCAAGGCCUUCUGCAUCGUCUACUCGGUCAUCGGCAUCCCUUUCACCCUCCUUUUCCUGACAGCUGUGGUCCAGCGCGUCACCAUCCACGUCACCCGCAGGCCUGUCCUCUACUUCCACAUCCGCUGGGGCUUCUCUAAGCAGCUGGUGGCCAUCGUCCACGCCAUGCUCCUGGGGUUCGUCACCGUGUCCUGCUUCUUUUUCAUCCCGGCGGCUGUGUUCUCCGUCCUGGAGGACGACUGGAACUUUCUGGAAUCCUUUUAUUUUUGUUUUAUUUCCCUGAGCACCAUCGGCCUGGGGGACUAUGUUCCUGGAGAAGGCUACAAUCAGAAAUUCCGAGAGCUCUACAAGAUUGGGAUCACAUGUUACCUGCUUCUCGGCCUUGUUGCCAUGUUGGUCGUUCUGGAAACCUUCUGUGAACUCCACGAGCUGAAAAAAUUCCGAAAAAUGUUCUACGUGAAGAAAGAGAAGGACGAGGACCGAGUGCACAUCGUGGAGCACGACCAGCUGUCCUUCUGUUCCAUCACGGACCAAGCAGCCGGCAUGAAAGAGGAUCAGAAGCAGGAUGAGCCCUUCGUGCCCCCGGCGUCCUCCGCCCACCCCGAUGGCCCCGCAAGCCAUUGAGUGCUGGGCUUUGCCCCAGAGCGCCAGGCCGGGCUCGAGGGAGGAGCCCCGCGUCGCUCGUUUAUGAGACUGUAAACGCCAAGGUGAUGUCUUAUCAAAUAUCUACUUUCUGUAAUGUUAAAAAUGAUACAAAACAGAAAAAUGGAACAAAGGAAGCUUUCGCUCUGAAGGACUAAUAGCUGAGGAAAUGGGCUCUGUACCUAUAAUUCACAUGCGACAAAAUUAUCUAGACUUUACGAAUAGGUGAAAAAUACUUGAAGCAGUGUGCCGCUGUGGAUAGAAGCAGAUUUUAUACUUUUAAUUGGGGACUUUGGGAUUUGCAUUGAAAUCAUUUAGCUGACGGCUAAAUAGCAACAUUUAUAUUUAAAAGCAAAUAAAAAGCAUAGAGCUGUGUUUUAUAAGUUUAUGCGUACUGGUUUGCAUGCACCCAUCCAAAAUGAUUAUUUUUGUAGAAUCUAAGUUAAACCUGCUAUUUAUAAUAGGUAGCCAUUAACUGUGUACAUAUAAAGUAUAAAUACAUUUGUAUCCUGUACAUACGGUUCCAGUCACCAGAUCUCGGCGUACUUCUUAAGCCAAGACUGUAGCUAUUUUCCCAUUUGAUUUCUCUUUAUACGAAAAAAUCAAGAGUUGCUACAAUAAAAUAAUAGGAAGAGUACACUUAAGAGUGAGCCAGACUGCUGUCCUGCUACAGUGACUGUUUCUACCCUCGUCAGGAGUGUGAUAUGAGAAGUCUGAAACGUUUGUAAGCAUUUCUGCGGACGCCAACAAGUCACGUAGAGUGUGAUUUGUGAAAAAGGUUACGAUGCUUUGUUUUGAAAGUGCAUUGGGAUUUGCAGUCGCCUGGUACUGAAGCACAGAAAACACAGAAAAUGACCACAGAAGCCCCAGAUGAACAGAUUCUGUCAAAUUAAUCUGAGAAUUUUUAAAUUUAUUAGCUGAAAUAAAUAAAAAUCAUAGCUGGUUACAA